AUGGAUAAAAUUGAACAAAGAGCGGUGAUAAAGUUUCUUUACAUGAAGGGUAUGAAGAGGAUAGGUAUUUAUGAAGAGUUAAAGAAUGUUUUAGGUGAAUGUGCUCUUUCUCACGCCACAGUAAAAAACUGGGUGGCUGAAUUUAAACGAGGCCGUACAAGUGUCCAAGAUGAAGCCCGCUCUGGACGUCCAAAAAGUGCCACAACUCCGGAAAUGGUCUCCAAAGUGCACGAUAUGGUUUUGGCAGAUCGACGAUUGAAGUUAUCAGAAAUAGCUGACACUACAGGGAUAUCAAAGGAACGGGUACAUCAUAUUCUAAGUGAAGAAUUAAAUAUGAAAAAGUUAUCCGCCCGUUGGGUGCCGCGAUUGCUUACGCACGAUCAAAAAAGAAUCCGCGUGCAAAAUUCGGAAGAAUGUUUGGAUCGUUUUCAGAAAAAUAAAGCUGAUUUUUUGCGUCGAUUUGUAACAACAGAUGAAACAUGGGUUCACCACUACACGCCAGAAUCAAAAAUUCAAUCAAAACAGUGGACUGAAUCUGGAUGUUCGGGUCCCAAAAAAGCUAUGGCUGUAAAGUCGGCUGGAAAAGUUAUGGCUUCCGUCUUUUGGGAUGCUAGUGGAAUUUUGAUGAUAGACUACCUUCCCAAAGCCAUGGCAAAAAUCGGCGAAUUAAAGUAUGAUUUGCUGCCCCAUCCACCUUAUUCGCCUGAUCUGGCACCAUCCGACUUCCACCUGUUCCCGAAGCUUAAAACUUUUUUGGGUGGACAGAAAUUUGCCACUAAUGAUGCCGUCAUAGCCGCUGUGGAGGAGUAUUUUGCAAGCCUCGAAAAGAAUCAUUUUAUGGAGGGCAUCGCAGCUUUAGAGCGAAGAUGGAAUAAGUGCAUAGAGCUAGGUGGAGACUAUGUCGAAAAAUAA